AUGGUGCGUCCCUGUCCGACGAUAUUCGAACCAGCAGCUUCAUUGAAGCAAAGCCAUUCGCAAUUCAUCCCAUCUUCUCCUCGCGCUGCCUCCCCAUUGACCUCUGGCGCCGAAUCAGGCCCGGACUCCAAGUCCGCUGGCGCCGCCUCCGCUGUCUCUUCCGUCAACCGCCCUUCCUCUCCCACUCCCCCUGGUGGUCCCCGGGCUGCUCUGCGUCGCCGCGCGGCCGCCGACCACAAGGAGUCUCUCCGCAAUGCUCGCCCUAGCUCGACUCGUUCCGCCGGCGCCGGCGGUUCCUCCAGCACCAUGCUCAAGCUGUACACGGACGAGAGCCCCGGUCUGAGGGUUGACCCCGUUGUUGUGUUGGUUCUUAGCUUGGGUUUCAUCUUCUCCGUUGUUGGUCUGCAUGUCAUUGCCAAGAUUACCCGCAAAUUCUCCUCGUGA